CAACAGGUUUUGCAAUGGAAACGACAAGGCAAGAGGUCGAGCACCGAGCGGCGUUCGUCGUCUUUGUCAACGUCGAGAGCGAAACCAGUGCCUCAAUCUGGAUGUCCUUUAACACGAAUGCGGCCAAAACCAACGGGUAUCAAUGGGAAAUGUUUGGCGGCAAGGCGACUCGCCCGGAUAAAGCCAACCCCGCCGCGACAGCCGCCCGCGAGUUCGCCGAGGAAGCACUUGCCAUACUCAAGCAGAAAAAGAAGGUGUCGUUGGCACAACAACUCAAGAUGCCCGAUGCAGGAAGCGUGCAUGGCGAAGUUACCGCUGAGAUUCAGCAAUGUUUAGCCUGUGCGCGUGACCAGGUGUGGCUCUCACAAAGUCAGAAUCGCGUCUUUCUCGUGCCUGUCGACCGCUUACCCAACCUUGGCAAGAUGGUCCUGGUUGCCCUCGCUGGGUUCACGGGUGGUCCCAAAAAAGCUGGCGUGCUGGAGUUUCGUCGUAGCGAAUCGGCGAGUCCGUUUCGGCUCGUUUCAGAUCCGGAAAAACCAGUGCGAGGCUGGGUUACUACUAUUCUUGAAAGCGUCGCCUUCCAAGAUGCGCUGGCGCAACUUGUUCGAAACGAGCUGGUUGAUCGUUUGCAGAAGGCGAGUGCGAUCGCAGCGGACAGCACAACGGUCCCGCUUCCUCCUCCCACAUCAUGAUGAAGCAGCAUCAGGAAGCUUACAUGCAAGUAGUGCAGGGAAGCGCGCUAUGGGCUGCAGCUCGAGCGAGUCUGGGUCAUCCGACAUGGGCGACGGCCAACCUCAUCAGUCCAUGGUGAUUGAAAACAUCCUCUGUCAGAUCAGCCGUCCAUCGAAAUGUACAUGCACACCCUUUUUGGGGAUGGAAAAUCGCGCUGUUGGCUCAAUAGAACCGGUUGAACCGAGA